UUUCCUUUCUCGAUACUCUCGCUAUAGUUUUUCUGUACUCUACCCAUCUCCCAGCUUUGCGCUUGCAUGAUACAAGGACAUGGUCUGUAGUGCUCGCUGAUAAUGCCGCUAGACCACGACGAAACCACACCCACCGCCAGCCCGGAUGGGUCCCCGCGCAGCUCGCACGAGUGGGCCAGCGGCGAGCGGAUAAGCCACGAGGACCCGGAGCCCUCGUACAGCGUCUUUGUGCCGAUAUUCUCACGCAAACGCACAGCGUCGACGCAGGCAAUCCAUGACUUUGACAUAGUCGGCUCCGACUAUGCGCCCAGCACCGCAUCCGACGACAGCAGCGAGGCCGAGCACCAGCGCGCCAGCACACAGUGCGAAACCAUCUCGGACGACCACAGCGGGUACGACAGCGGCUUUGCCAAGCAGCCGUGUAGUGUGCGGACCAUGGCGCUGUCGGCGUCCGAGUCGGCCACGUUGGUACAGAUAGGCUCACACCCGCCGUUCAUUGGCGCGUCGGGUGACGGCUCCCUGGACGGUGGCGGGACGCGGGCGGCCCAGCUCGUGCCUGCGUCGGAGUCGGUUCCCCACGGUGCAACGGUGCUGUGGUUGCGGCGCCACGGGUUUGAGCGGCCGUGGGACCUGCUGUUCCUUAUCCACUGGGCGGUGAUUGGCGUGCUGCUGGGCGGGUUUUACUCGGCGAUCCUGCUCUAUCUGCGGGUGGCGGAUCGUGCGGGCCCAUGGUAUGUGGUGCUGGCCGGUGCAGUAGUGCUGAGUGCUGCGACGGUUGUGCUGGAUCUGUGGACAUCGCUGAGUUGCACCGAGGCCUCUGAGGUGCGGCUAGUGCACGGCAGUCGCAACACCAACUAUGUGUUUGAGCGCGGUGUGCCGGUGGUCGACGCCGUGACCAGCGUGUGCCAGGUGUGCUGCGUGCUGGUGAACCCAGGCACUCGCCACUGCAAGCGCUGCAACAAGUGCGUCGGCGGCUACGACCACCACUGUCGCUGGCUCAACACGUGCAUUGCCGACACCAACUACCGCUUAUUCUUCUCGUUCAUAGGCCCUGGCCCUAGCGCACAUCAUGCUGCUGCUGGCGUGUGCUAUCCGUGUCGUGUGCGUGUCAGUCGGCCGCCAAGCCGAGUUCAAGGAUACGCUGUGGCGAGUGCUGGGCGGCUCCGGCAGCCCGUCGCAGUUUGUCGUUGUUCUGUGUCUGACACUGCUGGCUGCUUACAUAAUUAUUGCCGUGGUCUCUGCGCUGGGCCUGGCUUUGUUACUGGGCUUCCACAUUCGCCUGUGGUGGUUCGGUAUGCGCACAAUUGAUUAUCUGGCAAACCCGCGGGCGGCACGCAAUGCAGCGUCCUGGCUCCAUACGUCGCGGCGGUACCGUCAUCUCAACACUGCGUCUCCCGACUCGACUCUGUCGGAGCCGGCCAGCGCCCAUCGUGCUGUGCAUUCGCCGGCGCUGUCGAUGUUCUCGGCUGACAGCGCAGCGUCGGUUGUGCAGCCGCCGGCGUUUCCGGGCCUGGCGUGCAUUCCGGCAGAGAGCGUCGCGCUGAUUGUCGGGUCGGGCGAGUCUGUUAUUGUCCCAGGCACACCCACUCCUGCAUAAAAACUGCAUCCUUCUACAAUGAUUGUAAUUCUAAUACAAGCAUCCUCAAAUACACAUGCAGCAGCAUGUC